AUGGGGAAGUUUGUAAUGCCUACAUUUAACAAAAUUAUGGAACAAAAGCCUGAGUCUGAUGGUAAAAAUGAGCCAGUAUGGGUUUAUCUAGAAAGGGAAAUGCUGGAAAAUCUCUCGCAAAAACCAUACAACGAGAAAGUAGGACAAUGGCUCCGAUUCCUCAAGGAGUUGAAAGCUUAUUUUCACGCAGAAGAUAUAAGAAAAGCAAAACGGUUGGAAAAAGAAGUUGGACCUCGGUGGUACGUGGAACUCUCAAGCCCGCAGAGGCAGGUCCUUGCUCGAAUGAAACGUAUGAUCCAUCAAGACUUGCUAGAAGAUGUGACUCGUCGCAUGCGCAAAGCUCUGUCUGAUCUCGGAAUCACGUGUAAAAUAUCGAAGGAAACUUUAAUGAAGGCUAUGGAAGAAAGUGUUGAGGACCCUGGUGUCUUCUUCUGGAACCUUUAUGAAGCUAUUUACAAGGCGCCACCGAGUGAUCUUUUACCUAAAUACGACAUGAACGCUAUGAUUAUGAUAUCGUGCUUGGUAUUCGUUGACAUGGAAGAGUGUGUAGAAACACUCAAUAAAGCAACAGAAAGCAAGAAAAUAGUUUCAAAGGAGCGUAAAAAACCGAAAAAGAAAACCCCAAAACCGGAUGGAAGAUAUGGAGAAUACUUGGAAAAGUCCACUGUUCCAUUUUAUUCUUCUAAUAAGCCUAAGCAGGAAAAGAAAUUGCCUACGCCAUUGUCCUAUAAAUUUAAACUAAGGAGCGCUGAAAGUCUUGAAGGUCUUGUCAAGAGCACAAGCUUUUUGGAUAAACGUAAAGAGCGAAAUAGAAAAGAGAAAGAAGUUGAAAGACCUUGUACAUACAAAUUUUGGGAGCCACCUAGUACUUUACGUAACACAGAUCCAAAGAUGGCGGCGUAUAUUCUUAAGCUGCGCAUGUUGAAGUUGAGACCGAAGCAUAGGUUUAAAACUCCUUACUCAAACGUCCAGUAUCUCAUCUCAGGAGUUAGCUUUACGGGUGGAAGACCGCAUUACCUGCUCGCUAAUGUUUCUCUAUUGCCGACGGGUUACAUUGCCAUAAACGAUGGUAUUGCUAUAUCUAACGGCGAGGUUGUCACUUGCAUUGAAGGUUUCUGGAAGCACCCGAGAGACGCGUAUGAAAGAUGUGACAGUGAAUGCGACUGUUUAGUCAAAUGGGAGUCCACAGUAGUGGACUAUUUAGACGAGUCCCGUUGUAAAUGUGGACAUUUAUACGACAUGUAUAAUACUGGAACGCGGCCUAAAGAGAAAUAUUUCUAUCCAUCCACGAGACAUGGAUCUUUCUGGUUCGAUAAAGCCAAGAUUUAUCAAUUUGAUCCCGUGGAAGACUUCAUUAAAGAAACAUUUGAAGAAGCUAUGAGAUCAAAUGAAGCUACGCCUGAGCCGUCUACGCCAAUUUUAAAUGCUUCUGGCUUGAAGGAAAGUGAACUACUCUCGGCAUUUUUGGCGGAUGUCGCGGAAACCACGCCAUUGCUUAUUCCUCACUUGCCAGAGGCCAAUUUGCUAAAUAAUCUUCAACAAUGGGCCAGGAAUCGAGUAAAAGGAAAAUUGACAGAAACGAAACAUAAACGCAUGAUACUGCAGUCUCAGCGACGUUGGCUUGAACUAAAGCACAUGGACUUUAGAGCACGCGCUAAACAGAUUCCGUUCACUUUAAAACAGAUAAAAAGCAUAAAAUGGUCACAUCGAAAAUUAGUGCAGAAAAUGCAUGAUUACCAGAUGAAUGAUUUUAUAACGAGAAAUAGAAUAAAACAAUUGGAGCAAACACGUCUUUGGUGGUCUACUUGCAAAUACGAUUAUUACCCUAGCAAAGCAUUUUUAGAUAUAUUCUUCACCUAUAUGCCUGGCAGAACAAAGGACGUCCACUUGAUUAAUCCUUUUAGUGCAGCGCUAAUACCAAAAUUCGGAGCUAAAACAUGUCCAUUGACCUUAUAA